AUGGCGGCGCAUCUCGCGUCACGCCCCAGAUGGCCUUUCAACGUCCUUUCCGCUGCCGUCGUCGCCAUUUCCGUCCUGGUCCCCUUCGCAGCCGGUCGGCCGGCUGCCCAAUCCGACGCCUCAGAACUUCCCUUUCUCGGACCUAAUUUCUCCAACUAUCCGUACGCGGCCACCAUAUGUUUGGGCCAAAUGGCCUUCCGGGAUGGGUGUAGCCAGGAUUCCGAAAAGGCGUACCAUCAGUGCAUGUGCACCGACUCUAACCACCUCACACAUUCCAAGGCAGCUGCCGAGUGCAUGAUGUUGCUGUCCCUCGUCGCGCCGCCCAACAUGACGCAGAUCUACGACCUCAUGGUCGACCAGUGCAAGUCCACCGACACGCCGCUCUCGAUAUUUACCCUCGAGGAUUGGCUCGCAUGGGCGAGCGAGGCGAUUAGUGGUGCCCACAGCACGACGGGGAGCGGGGAACGGGACGCCGGGGACCGGGAUUGGCAGUGA